ACUGGCUACUGAGCUGACUGACUGCCUGGAUGGUUGGCUCCCCCUCUCACUGGACACUCACAGGCAGUUAACUCGCGCACUGCGUGAGCUCCGCUGAAGCUGGGCUGGAGGGAGACAUUGGGCUGCUCAGGCUUUGGAAAGUGGGAUAUCUGCUAGGUUUCUCUCUAUCUGUCUGGUUUGGUGGAUUAUUAGAUGAGAGCAGAGGAAAUCUAUAACUCUCUCCCAUCCAGCACUGACCACCAGCACCACUGUGCUGCAUCCAUGACUUUACAUACCUGGCUGGUGUAUGGGCUUGGAUUUAUCUUGGUUUGGGGUCUCUGCUUUAAACAGGUCCAGGGGCUGCAGUGCUAUGGCUGCAACAUCAUCCAGGGCCAGAAGUAUGUGGACGUGGGCUGCUCCAACCCAGAAGUCAUCACCUGCACCCACUCACACAAAGGCUUCAAACACCGCUUCUGCAUUAAGACAGAGAGCACGGCCCUGGGUAUCGUCCUGACCAGCGGUUGUGCCACAUCCAGACAUUGCCAGCAACAUGAGCUUCCAGGGGUGCGCAUCCACUGCUGUGACUCGGACCUAUGUAACAGUGCCCCCUCCUGGUAUCCAGGCACACUCCAGUACAUCUGUGCACUGCUCAGCCUCUUGCUGCAGAGGAUGUGGUUGUGAUAUGGAGUCAAACUGGAGAGGAGCAUGCCCUCUGACAGCAGUGUGGACUAUGAGACAAACAACAGCUUCCAUCUUGACUCUUAGCUGCUCAUGUAAAGGGAUAAAUUACAGUUUUUCUCAGUGUGGUGACGUGCACCUUGAAAUUGUAGCUCUUGUCACAUUGUUAGCUUGGACUUACAGUGUGAAUAUGUUUGAUCAAAAAUAAUGGGAAAGCAGCAUACAGUAAUCCGUGAAUUUAUUGUGCACAUCCACUCACUCACAUGUAGAUGAAGUACAAGGAUAUUGGACACGUGUUACCAUGAAAGAAAAAUAUCUUUGUUAGUUUUCAGACAUAAGAUCAGCAAGAUACUCACCAAUGUUUUUACUAAAGGCUUUCAUCCACCUGUACUCUAAGGCAUACAUCAAUGUUCAUCUUCUUUUUUCAAGAUCAAAUAUUUAUGUGCAGUAGAUUCUUUUAAGUUUGCAAAAAAUAUUUUUUUAGUUCGCUGUCCAGUUCUCCAGGCUAAGCUUGGGAAAGCACACUGCAUGUGGUUCUAUGUAGAAUUGUAAGAAAUAUUGUACAGUGAAAGCAUGUCAUGUUGUGAAUUACUGUAUUAAAAUGUUUCAUAUAUUUCAAAAGAAAAAA